UGAGUUAGUGACUCCUUUUGCUCCUCUGUCGAGACUUGAGUGACUAAUAUAAUUGUAAUGAGCAAGGGCAGCUACAUAUAACCCAGACAGACCUACCAGUAUUUUUUUUUAAAUCUCAGUAAGUGAUAAAUAAUGGUUAAUUGAACUAGUUGUUUUCAAUUGCAUCUGGAUCCAAAGGCUACUGACUUUCAUUCACCCUGCCCAAAACCAGAUCGUGAGGACUGCUGCCCUGUAGAUGUCUCUUUCCAGCCUUGAUAGAACCGGGAACAGAGGACAAUCAUUCAAAGCUGUGACGUUGCCUGGGUGAUAAUUUGCCUACUUGGAGUGGGGAUGAGUUUGGAACGGGUUCUGUGAAUUGCCUUACCAUGAUGUUGCCUGAAUGAUAACGCAAUCGGCUGAGUGAGGACGUAACAGGCCGCUAAGACUUAUAGACACACUGAAGGAAAGCAGGUGGGAUAGAACACACCUCAUGCGUGGGCUCAGAGAGGGUCCGAGGCCGUACGGAUCAUCUGACUAAGAUGGGUGUUCUCCAGCUCCACAAUCCCACCCUCCCAGCCACGCUCCUGCAGAGGGCCAAUCAUAUGCGUCUGUCGGGAACGCUGUGUGACGUAAUCAUCACGGUGGACGGCCAGGAGUUCCCGGCCCACCGCACCGUCCUGGCCUGCACCAGCAAGAUGUUUGAGAUCUUGUUCCACCGCAGCAGCCUGCGCUACGCCCUCGACUUCCUCUCCCCCAAGACCUUCCAGCAGAUCCUGGAGUAUGCCUACACGGCCUCCCUGCAGGCCACGGCCGAGGACCUGGAUGACCUGCUGUACGCCGCUGAGAUCCUGGAAAUCGAGUACCUGGAGGAGCAGUGCCUCAAGGUCCUGGAGACCAUCCAGUCAGAGGAGAAGCAGGACCACUUGAGUCUGAGUGGGAGGAACCACGGGUCUGGAGAGAGCGAACAAAGCAGGGCAAGGCACUGGAGGAACAUGCUAAUAUCCAAGAAGCAUUCCAUGCAGGAGGGUGGUAUCAACCCCACCGCCCUGCACCACCUGGCACUGUACCACAUGACUGACAGGAGUCCCUCUGGGCCAGGGGAACUACCUAUGGGGCUCCCUGUAGCUAGUCCCACACAAGUUGGAGGGGUUAGUCUGGAGGGCCUGGGUCAGUCUCCACUGCAGUACAGCCACAAUGGAGCACAGGACCCCUCCCUGCCUUUGACUAAGAGGAUAAAGACAGAGGACAAUAACAUGCAGGUGGAUGAAGUCAAUAGCUACGAAGGCCGGUCCUCCAGCGGAGGGGAGGGGGGCUUUGAAUCGGACCAGCCCAGAGAAGAGGGCCCGGGGACCCCCCAAAGAGGCAGUGUCAUCACCUCGGCUAGAGAGCAGCACUCUGGCCAAGAGGAGGGGGGCAUAGUGGGGAACAACUCUCCUCUGGAUAGUUUCCCUGGGCUGGCUGAGAAACACCUGGCCUCCCUCUACUCAUCCAUGCCGUCCAAUCACAUAGGGGAUGUGGGGCUGCCUAUGCCCAUGUCGGUGGCCCCUUCCCUGGCCAUGUCCCUGGACCUGAGGGCCUACGGGGGACUGCUGCCCCAGGGCCUGCUCCACAGGGAGAUCCUCAGCAGGCUGGGCCAGUUUGCAGCAGGGAUGAGGCGGGAGGGCCAGAGUCAGAGUCAGAGCUGUGGGGACUGUGGUCUCCAGCUGCAUAACAGAGAGGCCAUGGAGCAACACAGGAAGCUGCACAGUGGAGGCGAGAAGGGACACGGCUGUGAGUUCUGUGGCAAACGCUUCAUAGACAGUGUACGGCUCAGGAUGCACAUGCUCGCUCACUCAGCUGGAGCUGAGGCCCUGGUGUGUGAUCAGUGUGGAGCUACAUUCUCUGCUGAAGACGCUCUGGAGGCCCACAGACAGACACACACAGGGACAGACAUGGCAGUGUUCUGUCUGCUGUGUGCCAAGCGGUUCCAGACCCAGAAGGCUCUGCAGCAGCACAUGGAGGUCCAUGCAGGGAUGCACAGCUACGUCUGCAGCCACUGUGACCACACCUUCCCCAGCCACACCACCCUCAAACGCCACCUGCGCUCACACACAGGUGACCACCCGUUUGAGUGUGAGUUCUGUGGGAGCUGUUUCCGGGACGAUGGCAUGUUGAGGGGACACAAACGCAUCCACACAGGAGAGAAGCCUUACGAGUGUAACGGCUGUGGCAAAAGGUUCAGCCUCAAGCACCAGCUGGAGACCCACUACCGCGUACACACAGGUGAGAAGCCAUUUGAGUGCAAGAUCUGUCACCAGCGAUCCAGGGACUACUCUGCCAUGAUCAAGCACCUGCGCACCCACAACGGAGCGUCGCCCUACCAGUGUACCAUCUGCCAGGAUUUCUGCCCCAGCCUGGCAGCCAUGCAGAAACACAUGAAGAGCCACAGACCCGAGGAUGUGCCCCUGGACUGGAGGAUAGAGAAGACCUACCUGUACGUAUGCUACGUCUGAGUAGGACUUAGACACUAAGACACACUAUCCUAUGUGUGGGCAGGUUUUUCAUCUUAUUCUUUCCUCUAAAGAAAAGUAAGUUGAUCAUUUCUGUGGUUUGAUUGGUUUUAUCACGAAUUGCCACAAUGAUUUGUCAUUACAUUAAACCUCCAUAUGUGUUGAAGGCUGAAAGACUACUGGUUAGGUUACCACAGCAGUGAAAGUGUUGCACUAGAAAGGAUAUUGAGUUCUAUCUGCUGUGACUCUGAUUGUGAGACGUAGAACCAAACCUCUCUGGUCGAAUUGCAGUACUAUUGCCACCCUUACUACGUAGAUUGGUUGAGACAAACAAACAUUUCCUGGGUUAUUAUUUCCUGUCACAUUUCCUGUUAUUGAUUUUUUGGGGUGUUUGUUUUUUGCAUGUUUUACUUGAAUGGUCUCCAUAAGCUUGAUUUAAUUUGUGUCUUAUUUUUCCAGUGCGCAUAUUACACAUAAUUUCCCCUACCUGUCAGUUAGUCUAUCUGCUCAUGCUGAUUGACAAGCAUUAAAGUGUAACAGGUUUUGCUAUUUAUGUCAUGCAUCGAUUUUGUUACCAAAUAGGUGUUGGUUAUUUUUACCCAACCUCAAGACCGUUUAUUUUGAUAUUAGAAUAAGCGCUACCUCUUCGAUCUUCAACUUUUGCACAGAGGCAAUAGCACAUCUUAGAACUGGUGUUUUUCAUUGUGUUUUUGCCCAUCGUUUGUAGCUUUACCUUCAAAUGUCCUUUUAUAUUGGUGAAGCGGCUUGAAAUGUUCUGAGAAUUAAUCAAUGGAAUUGAUUUGGACGGUUGCCUGUUGGGUAGAAAAAAAGAUUUGAAAGCCUUCAAAGUGACUUUUGUGUGAAUAAUUUUUUUAUCAGUAGAAUUAUAGCAGUCUGUUAAAUCACAGAAUUAAAACAUUUUCUAAGUGAUGAAAAGAAAGAACAUGUGAGUAAAAGUGUUGUCUUUUUUACUAAACGUGAAAAGUUGAAUCACUAAAAGCAGGUUAUCGUCAGUUGUGAUGUCUGUUGCUGUAAAUGUAAUUGUAUCUUAUUCCUGGACGAGAGCCAAAAGAGGGCUUCUCUGAUUUUAAAAUGGUGUAUUUUUGUAUUACAGUGGUCUGCAAUUUGUUUACAUUUGUUUUGAUUUCAGAAACAUCUUUUCUUGUGUGUUUUGUAAGUCUCUGGAGUCUGAUUUUAGUAAGAGCCCUCCCUGUGCCUCUUUUAUAAAUGGAGAAUAGAUGUGCUGAAUACAUGAAUACAGUAUAUGUUUGUUGUAUUGACCGUUGUUGUUCCUGGGUGUUUGUUUAUUGUUGGUGAAGAACUGAUUUUCACUGCCAUGCCAUAGUAGACCCUAUUGUCUAAACAGUGUAAUUUGAAACAAGAUACUUGUUCUAAUGACUAUGUUAUUAUGCCCCAGGCACCUCAAGCCUCAAAGCAAAGUUUACGAGUGAGAUUUUCUUUCAAAAUGUUCUGUCAUGUCGAAUGGGGAUAAAAUGCACAGAAGACACAGAAUACAUAGUGGUAUUGUUAAUAACCUUUAUAAAGCUAGAUGGUCAGCAUAUAUGGGUCUAUCUAACACUAUGGCCUUCUAGAACAAAAAGCCAACACUCAAUGCCAUGAAAACAAUUAAAAGCACCGACUCAUCUUCACUGUACUACUAUUCUAUUCUACAUACACAUGCACUAUAAGGAUCUUAGGAUUUCCAUGGUGGACCAAAACUAACAAAGCUCUUUCAAAAAAGGUUUUUCUUUGAUCGUUCUAUGUUGUAACAAAGCAGAAGUAGUUUUAUUUGGUAUGUGUGCUAGCAGGAUGUGAUGAUCAUCAUUUAGGUAGAUAUUAUGUAAAUGUUUGUCUACCUCAGCACCAGUUCAGUCAGUGCUUGUCCUGGUGUCCAAUCAGGGUUGUUCUUCUUGCCAUGUGUGUUAAAUCCUUUUGCAUUACAGCUUUGUAACACUGUGUGUCCAAGUGUUUUCUCAGUGUGGAUUCAGGCACAGCUCUUUUUACACAUCAGUGUUCUGUGGCAUGAUGAAAAAAUAAUAAAAUAGAAACUAUUUUACAA